GUGCCACUCGGUAUCCACUAUCCAGCAUGUUUACCUAUAGAGAGUAGUCUAUAGGAUAAAUUGUAUUUACCAAAAACGUUUUUGACUAAAACUAAACGAGUUUACGCCAAUAAGUGAUUCGGUUGAUUUGCUAAGUUCAAAUACUUUGUAUUUUGUAAACGGCCGACGUAUAAUACUUGCCUACUUUCGUGUUGUAAACUAAAAACGCAUUAGAUUAACCGUUCAAAAUGCCGCGAAUUAUGAUAAAAGGUGGUGUUUGGCGAAACACCGAGGAUGAAAUUCUUAAAGCGGCGGUAAUGAAAUAUGGCAAAAAUCAGUGGUCACGUAUCGCAUCAUUGUUGCAUCGAAAGUCAGCCAAACAGUGUAAAGCACGUUGGUUUGAAUGGCUCGACCCAAGUAUUAAGAAAACUGAAUGGAGCCGCGAAGAAGAUGAAAAACUAUUGCAUCUUGCUAAACUUAUGCCAACCCAGUGGCGUACUAUUGCUCCAAUUGUGGGUCGUACAGCUUCACAGUGUUUGGAAAGAUAUGAAUAUCUAUUGGAUCAAGCUCAAAGAAAAGAGGAUGGGGAAGAAGUUGGAGAUGACCCAAGAAAAUUAAAACCUGGAGAAAUCGAUCCUAAUCCAGAGACAAAACCAGCACGUCCAGACCCUAAAGAUAUGGACGAAGAUGAAUUGGAAAUGUUGUCUGAAGCAAGAGCUCGUUUAGCUAACACUCAAGGUAAAAAGGCAAAACGUAAAGCGCGUGAGAAGCAGUUGGAAGAAGCUAGAAGGCUAGCAGCACUUCAAAAACGCCGAGAAUUACGUGCUGCUGGUAUAGGCGUAGGGAGAGGGAAUAAAAGAAAACGAGGCAUCGAUUAUAAUGCUGAAAUUCCUUUUGAGAAAAAACCAGCUUUAGGAUUCUAUGACACUGCCAAUGAAGAGGUCGACCCAUUAGCACCUGAUUUUAGGAAAUUGCGUCAACAAAAUUUAGACGGAGAAUUACGUUCACAAGUAGAAGAGAGAGAAAGAAAAAAAGAUAAAGCAAAGCUAAAACAACGAAAAGAAAAUGAAGUUCCUUCAGCCAUGUUAAAUAGUCAAGAGCCCAUAAGAAAAAUGAGCAAACUUGUUUUACCAGAACCACAAAUUUCUGAUCAAGAAUUGCAACAAGUUGUCAAGCUAGGUCGAGCUAGUGAAAUGGCUCGGGAAAUAGCGAUGGAAAAUGGCCCUCAACAGGCGUCAGAUGCAUUGCUUUCAGACUACACACCAUCAAUUAACAACAUUCCUGGUCGCACACCACGAACUCCAUCUGUGUCCACUGAUAAAGUUUUACAGGAUGCUCAAAAUAUCAUGGCAUUAACACACGUGGACACUCCACUUAAAGGUGGACUUAAUACUGAACUCCAGAAUGUUGAUUUUAAUGGUGUAACCCCACAAAGACAAGUUAUUACAACACCGAACACAAUAUUGGGCACUCCGCAUACACAACACACUAAUGAUGGUUUUCAAACUCCUCAAAGUGAUCGUUCGAUUGUAAAACCUGGUUUAUUGACUCCUACUCCUUUAAGAGAUCAACUAAGCAUCAAUCGUUCAGACUCUAUGGAAAUGGACGUAAUAAAUACACCGCAAGCCAUGAAAAACUUUCAACACCAAAUGAAAGAACAAUUAAAAGCUGGAUUAAGUACUUUACCUCAGCCAAAAAAUGAUUUUGAAAUUGUUGUUCCUGAAGAUCACCCUGAUGAUGAAGAAACCGAAGUUCAAAAAGAUUUUGUCGAAGAUCAGUCGGAUGUCGAAAUGCGUAGUGCAGAAGAAAUUUUAGCAAGGCGGAAAUUGGAAAUGAAGUUGAGGUCUCAAGUAAUUCAACGAACUUUACCACGUCCACCUGAUACUAACAUUGUGUUGAGACCUUUGAAUUCGGAGCCGCCGCUUACUGAUCUUCAAAAGGCUGAAGAAUUAAUUAAACAAGAAAUGAUCACAAUGCUUCAUUAUGAUGCAGUUCGUAACCCUCUUCCACCAGAAGUAGCUACACUUACUCAAAGUGGUCCUAAAAAACAACCUAUAUUAACUGAAGCUCAGCAUUUACAAUAUUUACAAUCGCAUCCAUACCACCACUUCACUGAAGACGAAAUUGAAAUUGCACAGCAAGCCCUGAAAAAAGAAAUGGAAUUUGUAAAACAAGGGAUGAAUCAUGGCGAAUUAUCAUUAGAUUCGUUUACUCAAGUAUGGGUUGAAUGUUUGGGUCAAGUUCUGUUUUUACCCAACCAAAAUCGUUACACAAGAGCCAAUUUAGCUAGUAAGAAAGAUAGGAUAGAAUCUUUAGAAAAGAAGCUGGAACAGAAUAGAGGUCAUAUGACCAAAGAAGCUAAAAAAGCUGGAAAAAUGGAAAAAAAAAUUAAAAUUAUUCUCGGUGGUUACCAAACUCGUUCUCAAGGUCUCGUCAAACAGUUCCAAACUUUAGUAGAUGAAAUAGAACAAGCACAUUUAGAGCUGUCAACAUUUCAAUUUUUACAACGACAAGAAGAAGCGGCUAUUCCAAAACGUCUUCAGUCAUUAACUGAUGACGUAGAACGUCAAAAGGAGCGAGAGAAAAUUUUACAGCUCAAGUAUUCAGACCUUGAAAUACGAUGGAAAGAACUGCAAUGUAGGGACGAAGAAAAUGUAAAAAUUAAAUAACAUGCUAUACUACAAUUCAUGUUUAAUUUGUCUAUUUAUACUUAAGUUUCUCUAUGCAUAAAAAAUAAAUGUAUUUUAUCACAACAUAUGACACAUUAAGUAAAACAAUGUAUAAAUGUUCAUAACAGUUAAUGUAAAAUUGUUAAUUUUACUUAAUUUGUAUUAUAUAUAAAACAACUCGACUAUUGAUAAUAAAAAAUAAAAAAAGACUAGAACGUU